AUGUCCUCUACAAUCAAUACCAGCAAAGGCGAACAGCCCAUCGACCCCUACAAGGCCAAAAGCCUCGAGGACCCGCCCCUGGCCCAAAAGGUCGAAGACCUGGUUGACUUCAUCUCCGAGGCCAAAUUCGGUAUGCUAACGACCAAGAUCUCCGGCUCGGAAUACUUAACGUCGAGAUGCAUGGCGUUGGCCGGGAAGGAAAACGGCGGCAUUGACCUGCUCUUCCAUAUCAACCUCUUCUCCAGCAAGACGCUAGACCUGACCACGCACCCCAGCGAAGUCAACAUGUCCUUCCUGGACCAAGUCAGCGGGUCCUGGGCGUCUAUUUCGGGCACAGCAUCGAUCGUUGCUGACAAGGCUACCGUUGAAAAGUAUUAUUCGCCGACGCUGCCGGCAUGGUUGGGCGAUCUUGGUGACGGGAUUCAUGAUGGGAGUCCGUCGGAUCCGAGGAUCGGGGUGAUUCGGUUGGAGGCGAAGUUGGCGACGUAUGCGGUGGCUACGAGGGGCAUCUUUGGGAAGGCCAUUGAGACGAUCAAGAGUGCUACUAAGGGGGAGGUGCCGGCUAUCAAUAGUAUUCGGGAGUUGAGUGAGGGGGAGUUGGCUGAGUGGCGCCGGACGCACAAAUAA